AUGGGGAGGUCGCCGCGGAAUUCGCUUGGCAUCCCUAAAGAUCGGCUCGGACAGAGACGGCAUGGCGGCAUUGAGGGCGGGCUCGGCUCUCACCCCUCGCCGCGUUUCGGGAGCGACACAGCAGUGCGGGCCCUGCUAGUGAGCGUCACAGUCGCCCCGGCGCCGCGGGGCGCCACUAGGUCACGUGUAGACCGCCGCUCGGAUGCCUCGUCAGGAUUUAGGUCGGCGUGUGCUGACGCUACGUGUACCCGACACGGUACAAUGGCGCACGGCGCUAGAUGGGUUCUCAAUCGAGAACGAGCUCCCCCGUUCACGAUGCUAAACCAUCUGUCGACACUUGAUGAGUCUUUA